ACACAGAUAGCUAUAUAGAUAAACACACAGAUAGCUAUAUAGAUAAACACAGAGAUAGCUAUAUAGAUAAACACACAGAUAGCUAUAUAGAUAGAUAGACAGACAGACAGACAGAAAGACAGAUACUGUACCCAUUAAACACACAGAUAGCUAUAUAGAUAAACACACAGAUAGCUAUAUAGAUAGACACACAGAUAGCUAUAUAGAUAAACACACAGAUAGCUAUAUAGAUAAACACACAGAUAGCUAUAUAGAUAGAUAGACAGACAGACAGACAGAAAGACAGAUACUGUACCCAUUAAACACACAGAUAGCUAUAUAGAUAAACACACAGAUAGCUAUAUAGAUAAACACACAGAUAGCUAUAUAGAUAAACACAGAGAUAGCUAUAUAGAUAGAUAGACAGACAGACAGAAAGACAGAUACUGUACCCAUUAAACACACAGAUAGCUAUAUAGAUAAACACACAGAUAGCUAUAUAGAUAAACACAGAGAUAGCUAUAUAGAUAAACACAGAGAUAGCUAUAUAGAUAAACACAGAGAUAUCUAUAUAGAUAAACACAGAGAUAUCUAUAUAGAUAAACACAGAGAUAUCUAUAUAGAUAAACACAGAGAUAUCUAUAUAGAUAAACACAGAGAUAGCUAUAUAGAUAAACACACAGAUAGCUAUAUAAACACACAGAUAGCUAUAUAGAUAAACACACAGAUAUUGUACCUCAGUUAAACACAUAGAUAGCUAAAUAAAUAGACAGAUACUAUACCCCUGUCACGCACACACACACAGAUAGAUACCCCAGUCACACACACACACACAGAUAGAUACCCCAGUCACACACACACACAGAUAGAUACCCCAGUCACACACACACACACAGAGAUAGAUACCCCUGUCACGCACACACACACAGAUAGAUACCCCAGUCACACCACACACACACACACACACAGGGCAGGACGAUGGGCUGUGUCUCCGAUUUCUUCACCUACGAAACGACCAAAUCUGUGGUGGUGAAGAGCUGGACCAUCGGCAUCAUCAACAGAGUCGUGCAGCUCCUCAUCUUCACUUACUUCGUGGGGUGGGUGUUCCUGCAUGAGAAGGCCUAUCAGAACAGAGACACCGCGCUGGAGUCCUCGGUCAUGACGAAGGUCAAGGGCUUCGGAGUCUACAACGACCGCAUCAUGGACGUAGCCGACUUCGUCACUCCCACACAGGGAGCAUCAAUUUUCUGUGUUAUCACAAAGCUGAUCACAACCGAAAACCAAGUGCAGGGAUACUGUCCCGAGAGCGAGCCGAAGUACAAGUGCAAGUCUGACUCUGACUGCAGCAGAUACCUGGGAACAUCGGGAGGAAACGGUAUAAAGACUGGUCGCUGUGUCGGGUAUAACAACACUUUCAAGACUUGUGAGAUCCGAGGCUGGUGUCCGGCAGAGAUCGACUCUGUGGCCAUAGAGCCCAUGCUAGAGGCUGAAAACUUUACCAUCUUCAUCAAAAACAGCAUUCGCUUCCCCAUGUUCAACUUCACCAAGGGGAAUCUGCUUCCUAAUAUCACUCAGUCCUACAUAAAGAGCUGUAACUUCGACCCCAUCCACAACAUCUAUUGUCCCAUCUUCAGACUGGGAGAUGUGGUGAGAUUCGCUGGGGAGGACUUCUACAAACUCGCCAACAAGGGUGGAGUCAUUGGUAUUAAGAUUGGUUGGAUCUGUGAUCUUGAUCAGUCCGAUGAUAACUGCAACCCCUCGUACUCCUUCACCAGACUGGACAGCGUGUCAGCGAAAACCAGCGUGUCCCCCGGAUACAACUUCAGGUACGCCAAAUAUUUCAAAAUGGAGAACGGGACAGAGUACCGCACUCUGCUGAAAGCGCACUCCAUUCGAUUCGACGUGCUGGUCUACGGGAACGCUGGAAAAUUCAACAUGAUCCCGACGCUGAUCAAUAUAGUGACAGCCUUCACUUCUGUCGGAGUGGGUACCGUGCUGUGUGACCUCAUCCUCCUGAACUUCCUGAAAGGAGCCGAUCAGUACAAGGCAAAGAAGUUUGAAGAGGUAACGGAGAGCCAGAUAAAGACCGCGAUUUCAACGAGCAACGAAAUUUACAAAAGCACCCAGACGCUGUCACUCCGAUACGACGAGAAGCAGUCCACAGACUCAGGGGCUUAUUCUAUUGGGCUGUAGGCUUUACGGACAGGUCGUGCAGCCAAUAGGAAGGAUUUCAAAUAUAUAUAUAUAUAUUUGCAGACAGACAGUGUCACACAAUUUUGUUUUACUGCUCUUAAUAAUAAUAAUAAUAAUAAUAAUAAUAAUAAUAAUAAUAAUAAUAAAUUCUUCAGUGUAAAUUCAAUGGCAAACGCUUCCACUAGAAGUCUUUCUCAGCGUCUUCAGUGUAAAUUCAAUGGCAAACGUUUCCACUAGAAGUCUUUCUCAGCGUCUUCAGUGUAAAUUCAAUGGCAAACGUUUCCACUAGAAGUCUUUCUCAGCGUCUUCAGUGUAAAUUCAAUGGCAAACGUUUCCACUAGAAGUCUUUCUCAGCGUCUUCAUUGUAAAUUCAACGGCAAACGUUUCCACUAGAAGUCUUUCUCAGCGUCUUCAGUGUGAAUUCAAUGGCAAACGUUUCCACUAGAAGUCUUUCUCAGCGUCUUCAGUGUGAAUUCAAUGGCAAACGUUUCCACUAGAAGUCUUUCUCAGCGUCUUCAGUGUAAAUUCAACGGCAAACGUUUCCACUAGAAGUCUCUCUCAGCGUCUUCAGUGUUUCAAUUAGAAACCAUUGAAUUUACACUGACAGUGACUUCCAUGUCACGCAUCUAUGACUGGGACCAGUAACGAGUCUCCUGGCCUCUUAUUCCCAGUUAGACAGGGAGGUGUACUGCAUUGUAUAUUGUAUAAAGCCAUAUUUAACCACAAGCCUCUGUCCAGCUGGCAGCGUUUGCUUCUUCAGAGAGUAAAAGCACAAAUUAUUGCAUGCAUGCCUAAUACAGAAAUAGAUAGAUAGAUAGAUACCCAUGUAACACUAUAUAUUACUUUGUAUUGUAAAUGGUUUAUAGCCUUGCAAUAGCCACAGACGGGAUCACAGUGUUAUAAAGGGGACAGCUUUGUACGUUGGGAUGUUUAAAUGUAAUUCUGUCUGUGGCUAUUGCACGGUUAUAAACCAUCUAUAAUGCUUUAUCAACACGACACUGAUAUAUAAUGUAUAUAGGCCACUUUAUUGGGGAUUCCCUAAUAAAAUGGCCAAUGUUCCUAAUAAAAUGGCCAGUGUUCCUAAUAAAAUGGCCAGACCCUCGCUAGUUUGGUUGCUGCACAGUAAUAUAAAUAUAUAGAUGGAAAGAUAGAUAGAUAGACAGAUAGAUGGGUGGGUGGAUGGAUGGAUGGAUGGAUAGAUAGACAGACAGAUAGACAGAUAGAUGGGUGGAUGGAUGGAUGGAUAGAUAGAGAUAUGGAUGGAUGGAUGGAUGGAUAGAUAGAGAUAUGGAUGGAUGGAUGGAUGGAUAGACAGAUAGAUGGAUGGAUGGAUGGAUAGAGAGAGAUAGAUAGACAGAUAGGAUAGAUAGAGAUAAAAUAGAGACAGAUAGAUGGAUGGAUGGAUAGAUAGAGAUAUAGAUAGAUGGAUGGAUGGAUAGAUUAGAUAGAGAGAGACAUAUUCACUCACUCUGUAGCGUCGGGCAGCAGUGUGGAGUAGUGGUCAGAGCUCUGGACUCUUGACCGGAGGGUCGUGGGUUCAAUCCCAGGUGGGGGACACUGCUGCUGUACCCUUGAGCAAGGUACUUUACCUAGAUUGCUCCAGUAAAAACCCAACUGUAUAAAUGGGGAAUUGUAUGUGAAAAUAAUGUGAUAUCUUGUAACAAUUGUAAGUCGCCCUGGAUAAGGGCGUCUGCUAAGAAAUUAAUAAUAAUGAGACGAAUCCAACUGAGCAGCGAUCUCACUGCAAACAGCAACAGUAUAAUUUGAGCUAAAUCACUGUGCGCCUUCUCUUUUGAAUUGAAAUGUAAAAUCAAACAAUGUCUGGACCAUCAAAAUUACAAGAUUCGAUUCUAAUAAAGUCAUUUAUUAAACCUG